AUGGGCGCCAGCCUGCUCCUGCUCCUGCUCCUCCUGGGACCAGCAGGUCGGGGCUCCGCCGACAGCCACCACCCUGAGCAGCUGCAGGCACCCGUGGGCGCCUCCAUUCUGGUGCAAUGCCACUACAGACUCCAGGAUGUCAGGGCGCGCAAGACGUGGUGCCGGGUUCUCCAGGACGGCUGCCGGCCCCUGGUGUCCUCGGCUGUGGACCGUUCAGCCCCCGGGGGCAAGCGCACCUUCCUCACCGACCUGGGUGGGGGCCUGCUGCAGGUGGAAAUGGUGUCCCUGCAUGAGGAGGACGCAGGGAAGUACCGCUGCGUGGUGCAUGGAGCCACGGGGCCCCAGACCUUGCACACUGUUUCCCUGAAGGUGCUUCCCAGAGUUCCUGGCCAGGGAGAGGAGGAGGAGAAGAAAGAAGAUGAACAGGAAGGUGAAGAAAAGACUUUUCAGGUUGACAACGUGGGAGAGGAUCCCUCCUUAGGACCUGCAAGCAACGCCAGUCCUUAUGAACUCAACUGGCAUGAGAAGAGAAUCCCUUUGAUCUGGGGGGCUGCCCUCCUGCUGGGCCUGCUGGUGACAGCUGUGGUACUGCUGGCGGUGACAGCCAGAAGAAGAGGGAGCCGGCUUGGCAUCGGUGGCAAGUUCCAGAGCAGUGGUGCCUCGGGCACGGAGCCCUCGUCAGCGUCCUAUCACGUCAAUGACUCUGCCCUGGCAGCUGGGAUGCCACCGGAUGUACCACACGUGAGGCUCGACUCACCACCGCCCUUUGACACCACCAUCUACGCUGACCUAGACCUGGACGCUCCCUUGGGAAGACCCCCACACCCACAGCCCCCUCUGCCUCCUAAGGUUCUCAUGCCCUCCAAAUCUGUGACCUAUGCUACCGUCAUCUUCCCGGGAGGGGGCAGAGGUGGAACGGCCUCCAGUGCGUCAGCCCAGGAGUCACCCAGUCAACUCCCUUCCAGUUAAAUGGCUCUUCGUACUUUGCACAGACCA